UUGGACCACACUAUAUUGUAAAAAACAAUAAUAAUAUAAUUUUAAUAUGCAUAUUAUUCAUCACAUACCAUUACCCUCUCUCUAUAUAUAUAAAUAUAUAAUAUUACUUGUCAUAUUCUACAUAUAUCACAUAAGCUUCUCUUGUGCAGUCCCUUAUUAGCAUUUUCCAAUUAAUAAUAACACAUAAUAAAAGCUCUGAAAAUGGCCAAAGCAACAUCAUCAUUCUCAACCAUUGAACCUCCAAAGUAUGGAAGGCUCAUCACAAUUCUAAGCAUUGAUGGAGGAGGAAUUAGAGGAAUCAUUCCUGGUGUUAUUCUUGAAUACCUUGAAUCUCAACUUCAAGAAAUAGAUGGGGAGGAGGCUCGUCUUGCAGAUUACUUUGAUGCAAUAUCAGGAACAAGCACUGGGGGUCUUAUUGCAGCAAUGUUAUCAGCUCCCAAUGCCCAAAAACGCCCUUUGUAUUCCGCUAAACAGAUUGUCCCAUUUUAUCUUGAGCACUGUCCAUAUAUUUUCCCUCAAUCAAGUGGAAUAUUUGGUUCACUUAUUGGGUCGGUGAAAGACGCAAGGGGACCAAAAUAUGAUGGAAAAUAUCUUCAUAAGCUUGUGGAGAAACUGUUGGGGUCAACGAGGUUGCAUGAAACUUUGACUAACGUAGUCAUUCCUGCUUUCGACAUCAAGAAGCUUCAUCCUACUCUUUUCUCCUCUUAUCGGGCUCCAGCGAAUUCAGCCCUAGAUGCUCGUCUGGCGGACAUUGCUAUAUCCACAUCAGCAGCUCCAACAUACCUUCCUUCUCACUAUUUCACCAACCAAGAUAAGGAUGGAAACACUGAAGAAUUUCAUCUCAUUGAUGGUGGUGUGGCUGUUAAUAAUCCGUCUUUCCUUACGAUCAGUGAAAUUACGAAACAAAUAGCAAAAAACAAUAUGAGCUUCGAGUGGAAUUCUAAGCCGUUGGAUUUCACUCGUUUUCUAGUGAUAUCACUGGGAACGGGUUCCAACAAGACUGAACAGAAAUACAAUGCUAAUGCGUGUGCCACGUGGGGACCUUUAUCUUGGAUUUAUCACCAUGGCUCCACUCCUAUAAUUGAUGUUUUCUCUAAUGCAAGUGUCACUAUGGUCGAUUACCAUAACUGUGUCUUUUUCAAUGCCUUAGGCUCCGAUGCUAACCAUCUCCGAAUUGAUGAUGACACGUUGACAGGGGAGUUAUCUUCGGUGGACAUAGCAACAAAAUCGAACUUGAACAAUCUGGUGGAAGUGGGAAAGAAGCUACUCAAAAAACCACUUUCUCGCAUUAACUUAGUCACGGGUCUUUACGAACCAAUUCCAAACUCCACCACUACCAAUGAGGAUGAACUCAAAAGGUUUGCAAAGCUACUUUCGGAGGAAAGGAGGCUUCGAAAAUCCAAUGCAAAAAAGCUGCUUAAUUCAUCAAAUUGAUAUAUAUGAUGGAUAUAUAAGAGGGGGCACUAGAUGAGUAAAGGCGCUUUGAGAUAUCAUCUCUCUAUUAGCUCUCUCGUUUAAAAUAAUCAUAUUACGUGUACUAAUUACUUCUAUCUAUUUGCAUGCAUGUUAAAUAUAUAUAAAUGUGUGGUUUGGUUUGGUGUGUUCUUCUUUUUUGAUGAAUUUAAUUAAUUUGCAUGGUUUGUUAUUAUUUGAAUGCAAAACUGCGUACUCAUGGUCAAGCACGAUGCCAAACUUGCAAUCAGUAGUACGUUUUUUCCUUUUUGAUGAAUAAGAUCAGUAUAUCCUUUUUUUGUAA